GCGCGGGCAGGGCAGCACUCCGAACGCGGCGGGAGCGGCGCGAGCCGGGCGGCCGCGUCGUCACUCCGGCAAGAGAGGCGGCGGCGGCGGCAGCCGGGGCCGGGGCUGGGGCAGCGGCGGCCGCGCCGGGCAUGGAGCUGGCAAGCCCGCGCUGAGGCAGGACCCGCCUGUUAGCAGCCAGCGAGAGGCUCUCCGCGGUCCGGCGCGCGGGCUCCCCGGCCAGAGCCAGGCAAACUUUUCUUUCUCUUUUACCCUCACUAGAGGCGCCUUCUGCGGCGGGCGGACUGACUCCGCGGCGGGGCCCGGGCAAGCUGGACGCAGCAUGAUGCGCGCAGUGUGGGAGGCGUUGGCUGCGCUGGCGGCGGUGGCGUGCCUGGUGGGCGCGGUGCGCGGCGGGCCCGGGCUCAGCAUGUUCGCUGGCCAAGCGGCGCAGCCCGACCCCUGCUCCGACGAGAACGGCCACCCGCGCCGCUGCAUCCCGGACUUUGUCAAUGCGGCCUUCGGCAAGGAUGUGCGCGUGUCCAGCACCUGCGGCCGGCCCCCGGCGCGCUACUGCGUAGUGAGCGAGCGCGGCGAGGAGCGGCUGCGCUCGUGCCACCUCUGCAACGCGACCGACCCGAAGAAGGCGCAUCCUCCCGCCUUCCUCACCGACCUCAACAACCCGCACAACUUGACGUGCUGGCAGUCGGAGAACUACCUGCAGUUCCCGCACAAUGUCACGCUCACGCUGUCCCUCGGCAAAAAGUUCGAGGUGACCUACGUGAGUCUGCAAUUCUGCUCGCCUCGGCCCGAGUCCAUGGCCAUCUACAAGUCCAUGGACUACGGGCGUACGUGGGUGCCCUUCCAGUUCUACUCCACGCAGUGCCGCAAGAUGUACAACCGGCCGCACCGCGCGCCCAUCACCAAGCAGAAUGAGCAGGAGGCUGUGUGCACCGACUCGCACACCGACAUGCGCCCGCUUUCUGGCGGCCUCAUCGCCUUCAGCACGCUGGACGGGCGGCCCUCUGCGCACGACUUCGACAACUCGCCGGUGUUGCAGGACUGGGUCACGGCCACCGAUAUCCGCGUGGCCUUCAGCCGCCUGCACACGUUUGGCGACGAGAACGAGGACGACUCGGAGCUGGCGCGCGACUCGUACUUCUAUGCUGUGUCGGACCUGCAGGUGGGUGGCCGCUGCAAGUGCAACGGCCACGCAGCUCGUUGCGUGCGCGACCGCGACGACAGCCUGGUGUGCGACUGCAGGCACAACACGGCCGGCCCGGAAUGCGACCGCUGCAAACCUUUCCACUAUGAUCGGCCCUGGCAACGCGCCACAGCCCGCGAAGCCAACGAGUGCGUGGCCUGUAACUGCAACCUGCAUGCCCGGCGCUGCCGCUUCAACAUGGAGCUCUACAAGCUGUCUGGACGCAAGAGUGGAGGCGUCUGCCUGAACUGCCGCCACAACACUGCUGGCCGCCAUUGUCACUACUGCAAGGAGGGCUACUACCGUGACAUGGGCAAGCCCAUCACCCACCGGAAGGCCUGCAAAGCUUGUGAUUGCCACCCCGUGGGCGCCGCUGGCAAGACCUGCAACCAAACCACUGGCCAGUGUCCCUGCAAGGAUGGUGUGACGGGCAUCACCUGCAACCGCUGUGCCAAGGGCUACCAGCAGAGCCGCUCUCCCAUUGCACCCUGCAUCAAGAUUCCCGUAGCACCGCCAACCACCGCAGCCAGCAGUGUGGAGGAGCCUGAAGACUGCGAUUCCUACUGUAAGGCCUCCAAAGGGAAGCUGAAGAUUAACAUGAAAAAGUACUGCAAGAAAGACUAUGCUGUCCAGAUCCACAUUCUGAAGGCAGACAAGGCAGGGGACUGGUGGAAGUUCACGGUGAACAUCAUCUCCGUGUACAAGCAAGGCACCAGCCGCAUCCGCCGUGGUGACCAGAGCCUGUGGAUCCGCUCGCGUGACAUCGCCUGCAAGUGCCCCAAAAUCAAGCCCCUCAAGAAGUACCUACUGCUGGGCAACGCCGAGGACUCACCCGACCAGAGUGGCAUCGUUGCUGACAAGAGUAGCCUGGUGAUCCAGUGGCGGGACACGUGGGCGCGGCGGCUGCGCAAGUUCCAGCAGCGUGAAAAGAAGGGCAAGUGCAAGAAGGCCUAACGCACACGCAGCAGCACGCUGGGCUCGGGACGUGGGCCCGGCUGAGCGUGAGCUGAGCACGUGCAGCUGAUGGCUGCCAAGUGGACUUGGCCCAUGAGGGCUUUCCCGGGAGGGUGGAGGGUGGGGGCGGGGCUACAGCGGGGGCGGGGCCCUCGAUGGCCCCUCCCCCAGCCCCACUCUGUGCACCCCUAGCGGGAGCCAAGUGCAUGCACACUCAGGGCAGGGUGCGCAGCAGGCCAGGCCCUGGAGAAAUGAGGACCAGACGUAGCUACCUCACGGGGCUCCUUCCAGAGCAGAAAUGCGCUUCCCUAGGGCUAGGUGGGGUCACCGUGGAGGGGCUGGGAGCUAACCCUGCCCUGGGGCCUGAGGGACGGCACUGAGUGGCACAGAUGGGGCCACAGAGCUUGGCGUUGUUGGUAAUGCAGAAGGGGGCGUGAGGAGAACUGUGAAAUUGCAGGCCAGCAGCCUGGGCAGGGGCUCUGAGCAAGCCCAACCAACCACCAAAAGAUAAAACUUCCUCCUUCCUCUCCUAGCUAUGACACCCUGGGCCCCAUCUGAAAGGCAGGGGUGGCACUGGGGGGUGGGAGCAGCCUGUCUAGCCAGCAGUCUUCAUGGGGCCUCUGGUCUGCACGGCCACCUGCUGGGUUGGUCCUGGGUGGGGUGGGGGGGAGAGAAGGCCCCUGUGGGUGCCUGCCUGGACUGGCCCAGGGUUCUGGCCCAUCCUGAGGGCAGUGGGCCUAAGGACACCCUUGAGAAGCCCAAGCCGGGUGGUCACUGCCUCAUGCUGGAGCUGCCUGGGGGAGGAGGCAGUACGAAGGCAAAAACCUCCCAGAGAGUUUCCUUUUUGGAAACUUGGAACCAGCCCCUUUUAUGACAUUUUCCAGGGGAGGGGGAAGGAGCACUGGCUGAGUUUACAGCAAUAACACUAUUUGUGUAAUGACAUCAGCUCCCAUAAGGCCCCUCAGCAGUGUCAACAGCUGGAGAGGGCCUGGACGGGCAUGCCGGCUGCAAGGCAGUUGGGCUGGGCUUGCGUCAGGACAUGGUUCGCUGGCUCAGCCAAAGUGCCCAGGUCCUAGGCACCAGGGCCAGGCAUGGCCAUGUUCCUGGGCACCCAUGACCACUUCCUGCUCUGCCCUCGAUGUUGGCUCCUAAGGGAGGAGAAGUGGCUACCCCAGAUGGCUCUGGGGCUCCCCUCACAGCUGUCUUCCUCUAACCUGGGCAGCACUUCACCCACUUUUUUCUAGCCGUCCUCAUUUUGAAGACCCCCUGUGCCUUCCACUGGGCCCAGCCCUCCUUCCCAAAGCCUCCUAGAGACUGUCCUCAAGCAGGCAGCCCCAGACGUUUUGGUCUGGCUGCCUUGCAGGACCUGUUCCUGUGCUCUGGUGCCUCUCGGCUCCUGCCUUCCUGAGCUCUCUGCACUGCCCUGGGGCUUCUGGCCCCAUCUUCACACUGGGCAGCUGACUGAGUGGCCUGGCUCCCCUCUCAGUCAGGAAAUUGGUUUUAUUUUCCCUGCCAGAGGUUGGCUGCUUACAGGGCCAUUCCAAGGAUGAAGCUCGCUUCCCUUUCCUUCCUCUACUUCUGCCCGCGUCACCACUGCCACUUACUGAGCACCUGCUGCGUGCCAGGCACUUUACCUUCCUGUCCCUAGCCUGUCCUCUGGAACAGGGUCUCUUGCCCCCAUUUUCACCAACAGGGAAACUGGCAUGUGUGUGGCCAAAGUUACACAGCAAAUAUGUGACAGCACUGAGACUCAGAUCCCAGAACCAGGCUUUCUGACCGUGGGCUGUGCUACCCCUGGAACUUACCCAGCAGGCUAUGCGGGGUGCCCAAGGCUGAGUUGCCACAGAGACCCUAGAAGCUGCCUCUUGAGGACAUUGAAUCUAGCCUGCAGAGUAAGCACUCGGGGUGAGACAGGGGACAGUACACUAACAUCUUCAGAAGAGUGGUGGGUGCAGCAGGAAACACGGACAGCCUAUGCAAGUCUUUAGCGCUCCUGAGGUUCUAGAAAGGUGGUUUUCCUGCUUCAAGUGCAGGGAGUGGGCUGAGGGAUUCCAGGAGCAACUGGCAGAGGCACCUCAAGGUCAGUGAGAAGAUAGAUCUGCCCUGGGAAAGGGCAUUGGGCUUCCCUGAAUCUUAAUUCGGUGGCUGAGGGUCAAGGACUGGACCUCUCCAGGCACUGAGAUCCAGUCUGGGCGGCUGAUGAGGGCAGUUGUUUAUCUCACCAGCAUAGCUCCACUGCAUCCCACCCUGGAUCUGAAUCUUGCCCUGUGUCCAGUGAGGGGCCUGCACUGGUGUUCCUAGGGCCCUGCCAAAUAACAAGGCAGCUUGCUGAAAAGCCAACCAUUGUCACCCUCCAGCUCAGCCACCCCACCACACCAGGGCCUAGGCCAUCUACCCAGUGGCCUAGCCCUGGGAGAAGAUGUCAGGGGGGCCAAAUCAGGAACAAGGACACUGUUGGGAUUACAUCAUUUUUCACAGGCUGCCCCCCCGCCCCCCCCCACACACACACUUUCCUUAUGGACUUAGCCAGAACUCAGUCCAUUCCUACUCUACUCUGACCUCCACAGAAGAGACCCAGCUUCAGGCCAACAUCCCUUUUCCACCUCUGUCCCUGUCCCAGGGAAGAGAGGGAAAUAGGAAUCGAGGUGUUCCAGUUUGUAUAGUUAGGAAGGGAUGUAAAACGGACCUAGAUUUGAAGAGCGUAUUAACCAGAAUUGUGAUAUGUAGGUGUUGGAAGAAAAACACCAGAUUAGUCCUUAUUUUGUUCUUAAAACAGCUUCCCCAGUGUCCUUUUUCUUACCAGGUGGGUGGUCUGGUACGCAAGAGCUGCCUAUUUUACUCACACUGUGGAAGGCCGAAGGCAAUGGCGCUGUCCCUCCCUGUGGCCUCUGUCCACAGCUUCUGUCCUUGGAAAGCAGACCAAGAGGCAACAACCUUAGGUUUCUUUGAGUAGGAGGGACAGACAGGUGGAGUGAAAGCCCAGGGCCUGUGCCUCAGUGGUAGCAUGCAGGCCCGGGGUACGGACUUUCUUGGAAUUGCCCAGGUUCAAUGAGACUGAAGUCAAGAAGAGACCCUUAGGGACUAGGAAAUGGUUCUUUCAGGGUCCCAACACUUAAAGGACCCCCCCCCCCUUCCCCACAAACUCCCAGAGCCAAGAGCAUGGACAGACUCAUGGAUGGGCCACUGGAUCACGGUUUGUGGACAGACACUCCCGUGGGCCAUACCCUAGGGGUAUCAAAAUUGACCUUGCCCCAAAUAAGCCAGCCCUACUCCUUGUGUCAUUGGAAAUCCUUCCCUACUCCCAAAUGCACUUCC